CUGGAUGGGGGAGUAUUUAAGUUGAAUUGAGAAACAUUUAGUUCUGAAUAUUGGACCCUUUGAAGAGUUGCAGACUCUGUGUGUGCAGAAAAGUUGUGUACUGUGUGAAGUGACUGGAUGGGCAAUGUCCUGCGCGUCAAAUCUAUCCAAUGCUGUGUGGACUGUAAAAAAUAAAAUAAAGCAACUCAUUUUGGUUAUUUAUCUCUGACCACCCUCUCUCUUCAUUGGCUAUUACAUAUCCCACUAGAUUUGAAUUGACCAGAGAGACUUAUGCUUUAUACCCAUCUUGGAUUUUCUAGUUAAUGAGAAAGUUUGAUGAGCUCAUUUGAGAAGAAGGGAUAUGUUAAUGGGUGGUUUUAGUUUUAGGGUCUUACUGCACAGUGGGUUUUAGGUAGGGUUUAAGGGCCUGUUAAGAGGAGAGAAAGAAGUCAGAGGAAAAAGAAAAGGAAAAGAAUGGUGUUUUUCUAAUACAUAUUACAUAUAUAUAUAUAUCUAUAUAUAUACACAGAUCCCUAUGGAAUGCAGGGGUGCUUCCCAGCAUCGCUUGCUGGAAUUUAUUCUUUUUGUUUAGUUCAAAGGAACCGACUUUGUUCUCUUCACUGAGAAGUGAGAGAGAGAGAGAGAGGGAACUGAGACGAAGGGUUGCAUAGAUAGGAGAGAGAUUGUUUGGCUCUUGGGAUUAUAUUUCUUGGGCUUCAAGAGUUCUGUAACUAGACUACAGAAAACCAGGAGGGGGGUAGGAAAGAUAUUUCUUUUGAAAUGAUUAGUUUAUUUUCUACCCAAUGAUUGAGUUGUUUCAAACAUAGUAUAUAUAUACAUAUAUAUAUAUAUAUAGUGCUGAGAAUCGAAAAAAAAGAAGCUAGAGAGAGAGAGAGAAGAUGAAGUCUAUGAAUGAGGAUAACAAUGGCAGCAAUAGUAAUAAUAACUGGUUGGGUUUUUCUCUCUCACCCCACAUGAAAAUGGAGGUUAGUUCAGACCCUCAGCAUCAGCAUCAUCAGUACAAUCAUCAUCAAAGCCAGGCUGCUACUGCAGCCACUGCUGUUCCAGCAAGCUUCUACCUCUCUCCUUCUCACCUCAACAGUCCUGCAAUCUGUUUUGGGGUUGGAGAAAAUGGUGGCUUUACCUCAUCCUUGUCUGUAAUGCCACUCAAGUCAGAUGGCUCUCUCUGUAUCAUGGAAGCCCUCACUAGAUCUCAUCAAGAAGGGAUGGUGCCAGAUUCUUCACCUAAACUGGAGGACUUUUUAGGUGGUGCAACAAUGGCAGCCCAUCAAUAUGGAAGCCAUGAGGGGGAGGCAAUGGCUCUUAGCUUAGACAGCACGUAUUACCACCAAAAUGCUGAGCCUGAAAGCAGCAGGCAACACUCCCUAGACCUACUUCAAGAGCCCUAUAGGCAGCAUCAGCAACAAGAACAAGGGAUUGAUGUUCAAAACCACCCUUACUAUACUAGCCUGCCAUGCCAUGUGAUGUACCAGUCUCCAUUGGAGGAGGAAUCCAAGGGAACAGAUCAGCUUGCAGACUGUGAAAACCAGAUCUCUUGCCUUAAAAACUGGGUGUCUGGCCACUUUUCAGACCACCAUGGACUGGAGCAGCAUCAGAUGAACACCAGUGUUGGGAUGGUUGAUGAGGUUGGAGGAGCUUCUGGUUCUGUUGGUGCAACAAUGGGUUGUGGUGAUUUACAGUCUCUGAGCUUGUCAAUGAGCCCUGGCUCUCAGUCAAGCUGUGUCACAACUUCAAGGCAGAUCUCACCUCCUGGUGCUGAAUGUAUGGCCAUGGAAACAAAGAAGAGAGGAUCUUCAAAAGUGGCUCAAAAGCAACCUAUCCAUAGGAAGUCCCUUGACACAUUUGGCCAGCGAACAUCACAGUAUAGAGGUGUCACAAGACAUAGAUGGACUGGUAGAUAUGAAGCUCAUUUGUGGGACAAUAGUUGCAAGAAGGAAGGGCAGACCAGGAAAGGAAGGCAAGUUUAUCUGGGGGGUUAUGAUAUGGAACAGAAAGCUGCAAGAGCCUAUGAUCUUGCUGCUCUCAAGUAUUGGGGACCUUCAACCCAUAUUAACUUCCCGUUGGAAAAUUACCAGCAAGAGCUCGAGGAAAUGAAGAACAUGAGCCGUCAAGAAUUCGUUGCUCACUUGAGGAGGAAAAGUAGUGGUUUUUCUAGAGGGGCUUCGAUGUACCGUGGCGUGACAAGGCAUCACCAGCAUGGAAGAUGGCAAGCUCGGAUUGGCCGCGUAGCAGGAAACAAGGACCUUUAUCUUGGGACAUUCAGCACUCAAGAGGAAGCAGCUGAAGCUUAUGACAUAGCUGCCAUCAAGUUUCGUGGCGUGAAUGCUGUCACGAACUUUGACAUUACAAGAUACGACGUGGAGAGAAUCACAGCGAGCAGUACUCUGCUUGCCGGUGAGCUUGCUAAGCGAACCAAAGUGAUUGAACCAAGCAAUGAGGCCAUUGAGUACAACCCAUCAACUCAGAGCAAUGUGGAUCAGCAGCAUGUUCAACCAGGGACCGACAUUAGGAAUGGUUCGGAUUGGAAAAUGGUUCUUCAUCAGUCCCCUGAUCAGCAGCAGCAAAAUGCUUGUGUGGAGUCACUUGAUGGGAAGCAAAUGAGCAUUGGAGGGCAUUACCGGAACUCGAGCACUUCUUUCUCUGCAGCCCUACAAGACUUGAUUGGGAUCGAGUCGGUGAACGCUAGCCAGACAAUGGUGGAGGAAGCAGCCCGGACUCACUUCUCAAAUCCGUCGUCAUUGGUGACUAGCUUGAGCAGCUCAAGGGAGGCUAGCCCUGAUAAAACCGGCCUCUCUAUGCUCUUUGCAAAGCCUCCAUUGGGAUCUAAGUUCAUGAGCCCUGCAACCAAUGUUAAUUCUUGGAUUCCAUCAGCACAGAUGAGGCCUGACUCAAUCACCAUGGCUCACUUGCCUGUUUUUGCUGCUUGGAAUGACACCUAAAACUUUUAUGUAUUUUUGUUAACUGCUCAGCAUGAACAUGAACAUGAACACGAAAAAGAAAAAUGGUAAGAAACUUAUUUUGGGGGAGAAAAAAGGAAAAUGUAGGAUUUUUCUUACUUAUUUAUGGUGUUAGUGGAUGAAAUUGGGGAUCAACUGAAGGACAAAUGUGGAGCCAGUUUUAUUUUGUUUUAUUUUACCUUUUUUUUGGGUAGGUAAAAGUCAUCUGUCUGUAACCAGGUGUUGCAUGCUUUUUUAUCUAACUAAAACUUUUGGUUCAUGUUGAAAUGAAAAUUUUGCUCAUGGAGGGAAUGAUAUUUGAGGGUAUAAUGAUUUAGUUUUGUGGGAUGAUAUUGGCAACA